AUGGCACUUCUAUAUAAUGAGGGAUGUCCAAAUUCUGAAGAAGACUUUACCAAAUGCAAUGUGAUUGCAUGUAUGAUACGUGGGGGUAGGUUCAAAACGCAUCAUUGCGAUCUUGCAUUUGUAGCAAUUAAUGUAAAAUAUCCUUCUAGCGAUAUUCCAAAUAAUCUUGCAAAAAAUAUAUUUACAUAUGAUCAUUAUAUUCCACGUGAUGGCAAGCAAUCUAUAGUAACUUUUCUUUCAAAUGAUGAGAAUGAAAUUGUGUUUUUAUAUGAAAUAUAUCCUUAUAAUGAUAGACAUUUAUUUGAACCAUUUUUAUGCCGUCUUCGAGAUAAAAACCAAAAAUUAAUAUUUUGUGAAAAAAUUAACAGAGAUUAUGUGGGAAGAACCCUUUCUUUUAAUUCUAUUGAUAUUAUCGAUAAAAAAGGAAGAGAAAAUUAUAGAAUUAGACUAAAAAAUUUAAUGAAUACUAGACAUGUAAGUCGUAUAUUAGAUUAUAAUGAUAUAUUUUUUAGUAGGGAUGCUUGUCAUUAUAUAAAAGAAGCAAAUGUUCAUGAAAAUAUUUGCAGAUAUUCCAUAUGCACAAAGGAUAAAAAUGAUUAUACAUCAUGCGUGGAUGCUAAAUUUACUGGAAAAUUGUUUCACAUACAGAAACAUUCGAAACCUUAUGAAGGAAAGGAAAAAUUUAUAUAUCUCCCAAAUAUUUGCCUAAAUCAGGGUUUGAAAAUCAAUUGUACUCCUUAUUUAUGCGAAUAUGAGAGGCCACUUGAAUUAACUCCAUGCAAAAAGUUAGAUAUUAGUAUUGUGAAGAAUAUAAUACCAUAUUCAGAAAGAUCGAUAGUGAAACAAACGAGAACUACGAAUUUAGAUUAUGAUAACAAUUUAAAUAUGUCUUCUCUUGUUGCAAUGACUUUUAUUCCUUUCCUAAUUAUAUUCUUUUUUAUAGGAUGCUAUAUAUAUAAAACCAUUAUGAAGAAUAAAUCUAAAAAAAUAAAGAUGAGGUCUAAAGAACCAUAA